UCCGUUAGUGGCGCCGUCCCGUUGGCGGGUUGCGAGGCUCCGUGUUGUUACGCGUGAUUCUUUUGUUUUAACAGAAAAAUUGACAUGAGAAUUUCUUUAUCCUUGUGGUGGAAAGUUGUGGAUGUGAUUUAUUUUAGUUAGUAUAUGUCGAAUUUUCUUUUGUGUAAACGCGUGACGAUUUUAGUGUUCAGUUAAAAAGAUGUAAUUAAAUGAUUAAUUAUUUUACUGAUACAUUCAACAGCUUUAAACUGUAGCUUUAGUUUCAUCUGUAUAGAAAUGACGUGAUACAGUGAAUUUGAGUUUGUGCUCCGAGUAAACUUUAAACGAACGAUUUCUGUACUUUUAGGAAUUCUACGUCAAGACUGUUACUUGUAAAUAAAUUUACAUUUUAAAAUUAUGUUAUAUCCAAACUGAAAUUUACUAGUGUGCUUAUAAUGCAGUCAUCCCUGAAACAUGCAGCGGUAAAAUGAAAUUGAACGAUGGCCAAGAAAAUAUACGAUGUAACAGUUGAACUGAUAUCACUUGAAAAAUAGUACAUCUGACGCUGUAUGAUUGAAAUAAAUUGUCACCUUCUGCUAGAACUUUGAUAAAUGUCAUGACGUUUUGCAACAAGUAUGUGGACAAGAACGAAAUAAGUGACUCGCGUUAUUGUGAAUGGAUGCGAUUUUGUGAUAUUGACGAGACAAAGAGGUAUUCUUAAAAUGGAAAUACGUGUACACAAAUUAUGCUUUUGAAUGUAGGAUACUGAUAACGUAUAGAGGGAGUAAUUCGUAGUCUUUUAAUUUCCUCAUCGAACUUUGGACGAAUCUGAGUUCAGGGGACAAUAUGAAAGGUCGCCUGCUAUCGAUUAGUGUCGUGGUAUGGACACGUAACGUUUCAGCGUUUGUUGUGAUGAAAUAUGUGUAGUGUGGAUGCAGAAUGAUCGAAGUAUCAUUUAAUAGGCAAGGUUAAAAAACUGUUGAAUAUCACUGCAUAGGCCACUUCGUGACAUUUGAAACAAUGAAAUGUUGCUUCAUGAUUUAUGAUGCAUGAAGUUAAAACAGAGAAUAUAUACGGCUCUGAUGGUGAUUGUAUUGCAUUAUAGUUUAUAAUGUGAAUAUUUCGAAUCAUGAAGUAAGUAUAUUAUCUGGAGACGUUUUGUUUGGAAUGUUAAAUAUCAUAUUUGGUCUAAUGUUUGAACAUUUCAAGUUACCUCAGAAUAUUUGAAAAAAAUAUAUGUGAGAUAUAUUUUAUUAAUCACAGCCUGUGUAAAUUGGCUUGGAACAUUAUCCUUAUCUAAUUGUUGUUUAAUUGUGUGUUAUUUACGUGAGUAGAGAUCUAGCAGUUGCAUUUUAAGGCAGCUAGUAGCGCGGUUUAAUUUUGGGAUGCGAUCACACACUGUAGACAAAGGGAUAUUAGGUGUGAAGACUGAUGACGUAUGAUGCUAGUGAAAGGAUCCGGUGAUGAAAGGAGUCCUCGGAGAUUUCAAGAAUAAGUUUAGUGCGUGCUGUGCCGCGUGACAUGAUGCAGAUGGAAGAAUGUUGUCGUGCGGCCAUUACGCUGAACCCCUCCGCUGCUGGAUCGGGGAACAGUGGAGCCCCUGCGCAAUGGGACGUCGAGAUGGAUAUAAGAGAACACAUUCAACAGUGUUCCUGCACUUGCAACCACAUGGGUUAUGGAAACUUCAUGGACUACCAGACUUCUUGCCUGUCGGAGCUACCAGACGUGGCUCCCCCUUUGGGGCUUCUGAGAGGUCAGAACGGCUCAGUACGCUGUAACGGACGGGCCGUACAGUGCCAGGCUCUGCAGACAGCGGCGGACUCUGGAAGCAGUUGCAGCAGUAAGGGCGACAGCUCCGGUGACAGCAAAGGUACAAUGGGGAAGCGCCUAAAACACUGGUGUCUUGGUGUGGUUGUGUGUUUGCUGUUUUCUGCCCUCGGUGUGGGGUUAGGCGUACCCCUAGCUCUGAGUGCUGCGGGCCCAUCUACACAUCAGGAGCGCCUAGAAGCAGUGAGGCGUAUCCUCAGGGACGUCCCCCUCAUUGACGGACACAAUGACUUGCCAUGGAACGUCCGCAAGUUUGUGCAUAAUCAAAUCCUAAGCUUCAACUUCACGGCUGACCUAGAAAAAGUUGAUCCAUGGGCGAGGAGUAACUGGUCACACACAGAUCUACCCAGGCUGAGACGAGGCAUGGUUGGUGCCCAGUUCUGGUCGGCGUAUGUUCCGUGCGACGCUCAGUACCUGGACGCCGUGCAGCUGACGUUGGAGCAGAUAGACCUCAUCAAGAGGCUGGCAGACCUCAACCCUGAGCAUCUGACACUCGUCACCUCCGUCAAAGGUGUCCAGGAAACGCACCGUGCUGGCAGGAUAGCCAGUUUAAUCGGAGUGGAAGGCGGCCAUUCACUCGGGAACUCGCUUGCGGUACUCAGGACUUUCUACAGCCUUGGAGCUCGGUACAUGACUGUCACCCAUACCUGCAACACAGCCUGGGCAGACUGUUCGGUGACCCAACUCCAGAGCGAGUCUUCGCCUUCAACGGCAUCUCCAGUGGACCACAACAAGGGAGGCGGUCUCACGGAGUUCGGCAAGCUCGUGGUCCGCGAGAUGAACCGUCUGGGCAUGAUGGUGGACUUGUCCCACGCGUCGGUGCGCACCAUGAAAGACGCUCUGGCCGUCAGUAAGGCCCCCGUCAUGUUCUCGCACUCUUCCGCCUUCGCGCUGUGCAACUCCUCCAGGAACGUUCCAGAUGACGUUCUGAAACUCGUGGCCUUAAACGGAGGGAUUGUCAUGGUAAAUUUCUACACGUAUUUUAUCACAUGUAAUUCUACGGCGACCAUAACUGACGUCAUAGCUCACAUCAAUCACAUAAGAGAUGUUGCAGGUAUUAAUCACGUAGGAAUUGGCGCCGGAUAUGACGGAAUUAACUUCACGCCGCAGGGGCUAGAAGACGUCUCCAAGUAUCCACAGCUGAUGGCAACUCUGCUGGAGGAUCCAUCUUGGAGAGAGGAGGACCUGAAAAAGCUCGCGGGCUUGAACCUGUUGCGGGUCUUCAGGGCCGUGGAAGAGGUUCGCGAGAAGUGGCAGUUGGCAGCCGUGAUGCCCGUUGAAGAAUUGAUCCCGGCGUCGUAUCUAGAAGGACAUACCGACUGCAUGUACCUCGGUUCUUGAUCGGCCAGCGUUCCAACUAUCACAAGAAUCUACACUCUGGAUGUCUGUAAGACUUGCAGCUCCACUGUACGUCUGUACAUGUGCCUCGAUAAAUAGCGGCUCAUCCAACAGGUAACAAGCCCAGUUUCGCUUAUCUGAAGAAGAAAUGCAAACUAGUGUCCUUUUCAUCUAUGGUCUUAGCGCCGUAGAGCCUAGGUGGAGCCAGCCAUCACUGGGACAUUGCUAAAAUCUGGCUGGCUGCCCGAUAAACUAACCGCUCUGUGCGUGUUAUCACAAAAGAUGACUCCAAAUCACAAGUUGUGCUACAUACGAGAUUCAAGGCCUGAUCUUCUCUUGUUCUAAGACUACAAUAUUUAAUGGUAACCAGACGAUAUUCGGGUUGUAGAUUUACCUCAGGCAGCUAUAGAAGUUAAAUAACAAUUCAAACAUUCAGAUUUGAAUACAGUGCCAAAUAAGUGUAAAUAUACGAAUCGUAAGACAAAUAUAGAUAGAAGACUUAUUUUGUAAUGCCAAUAUCCUUUGGCCCGACCAAGAUGAAUCUUAAUAACCUCCAUUUUCAGAGGCGACAGACAUCAAAACUUCAAAAGUCACUCAUUUAUGUUUCUAUUUAGUCGACAAAAGUGUCGAUCAUGCUUUAUCGUGGAUCAAAUGGGUUAAAGAAAUUAUAAUAUGGAAAAGUAUCAGUUGAUAUAUUAAACAUAAAUUGGUAUUAGUAUGCACCUUAAUGCUGGUGAAAUGUCAAGGAAAAGUAUUAAAAACGAUAUAAUAUAUACUGUUACAAGCGUAUUUAAAAGUUUCCGUCAUUAAUAUGUUAUUAAAUUAAAGGAAAUUUUCGAGACGUUUGUAUAAUUGUUGGUGACCAAAUGGACAAAGUUAAUCAAUUCGUUGUUGCAUAUACAGGUAUAGUAUAUUUUUGAACGACGUAAAUUAAGUAUUCUGGUUCUCUGAUAACAGACAAAGGAAUUGAAAAUAGUUCGUUAGAGUUCAAUUCGUAGCCUCUACAUUCACUACGUAUUUUUAAUUGGACACAAAGUACUUUCUGUCUUGAGAAAUAAAAUUUAUAAACUAAAAUAACAGUGACUAAAAUAAAUCAGCGUAUUUUUUUUAAAUCUGCAAAAAAAAAGCGAUAACGUCAUAUAUUCUGUCUCUUAAUUUAAUGCAACUUGUGUUCGUUUUACGUUCAUAGAAUGAAGUUACUAUAUGAUAAUGUUUUAUUUAUAAUUACUUCCUC